UCGACUUUGCUCCUUCCGUAGAACCAGGGAGGAAGCAGCAAAGUCUCAAACGUUGAUAAUGUUUCACUAAUUCCAAAGUAGACUGCCGGGGGACUGCUGUGUGACGGGUGUCGAAAAAAACAGAAGCAUUUUAAAGGCAUUAUGAAAAGCUCUUACCUCAAUGUGAUCACUGUAGCGCUCAGUCUUUAUUUUACCAGAAUAGCAGCAACCACAUCGAGAAAACUUGAUAGUCGGUCUCACUCUGAAUGUCGAUGGAAUGGGGACCUUUUGAUGGAUUGUUCUUUUACUGGAAAAUCUGAUAUGCCAAUGGCUAUACCACAAACAGUGACCACAGUGGAUUUAAGUUACAAUUCCAUUAGAGCUCUCUCAGUGUCUAACACGGAAAAGGAAGAUUGGACCAUAAAACACCUGAACCUUAGUAACAAUAGGAUAUCUGAGCUAACUUUCAGCUCUUUUAUGUGUUUUCCCUCUUUGGAAAUGUUAAACCUGAAUGACAACGAAAUCCACUCCAUCUCUUUGGUUCUACAGAGACAUAGCAGCUUAUUGGGGAAAUGCCCAAGCAAGGGUUUCAGAAAUGUCUUUACAUCUCUCAAAGUUUUGUCAAUUCAAAGAAAUCAUCUUAAUGCUACUCCUGGGGGACUAUGGAAACUGAAGUCGUUACAAAAUCUGGAUCUGUCAUCCAAUGCCAUAUCACAGAUUGACCUGACUGAUUUUCAAAACUGCCUGCAGCUGGAGAAGCUUUAUUUACAAAAUAACAAGAUAUCCAAGAUUCAUCCAGAUGCCUUCAAGGAUCUCAACAAGCUUCAGAUUGUGAAUCUUAGCACUAAUGCUAUGACCACCAUUCUACCCAUGAUGUUCAUUGCCUUAACUCUGCCACAUCUGGACGCUGACCUAUCAAACAACCAAUGGCAAUGUGACUGUAACACAUCUGUCUUCCAAAAUUUCAUUUCUGAAUCCUGGAGGAAAAAGUGGAAUAGCAUUUGCAGUGAGUCCAUCAGUGCGCCUGGACUAUCUUUCCUCUCUCUGGAAUGGCUCGAUUUGAACUGUAAAAUGCAUAUGGAAGAUCUGAUCUCUUUUAAAAAAGUUGCAAUCCCCCAUGGAGCAACAACCCUCCUAGACUGUGACUCUGAUCAACCUUGGGUUUUAGGGGACAAUGAAACAUACUGGUGGACCCCCUACAACAGAAUGUCUGAGAAUACCCAGAUUCCUCAUAUUAGUCUAAAUCAAAUGAAAAAAUUAGUGAUAAACAAGGCAGAGAGACCCCUAGAAGGAUUGUAUGUUUGCUUUUCCACUUCUGGAAGGAAGAAACACGUGAUUUAUGAGAUCUCUGUGAAGCAGGAACGUUCUCCAAAGUGGGUGAGAAAGGCCAGGGAGAUUCUCUCUUCUACCAGAGAAAAAGAGACAACACCGCAGGACCUCACUUUGGCAGUCUGUCUGUCCGUGAUCAUCACUUUCCUGUGUGCUUUUUGUCUUGGUGCUUUCGCAAGACCUUACAUCGAUCGUCUAUGGCAACAAAGAUGCCAGACCAAAAGUUCCGUUUCAGAAAAUGCCUAUUCUAAUGAAGGGUUCUAUGAUGAUGUAGGGAUUACAGGAAACCCAAAACCCCUACCUGAGAGUCGCCAUCAAGAUGCGUGUAGUAUGAGUAUCUAUGAAACUACAGAAUCUCCAGACCUGUACUCUGACAUUGAUGUGGGAACACCCAGAGCAAACAAAGUGUGGAAAGACCAGGAGCAGAGAAGGAGCAGAGCUGUCCCAGCAGAUAGGAAGAGAAAUGAAAACAUACUCCCAAAAAACCAUGAUGCCUGUUCAAUUGGCUCAGAAGACAUGAAUGUGGUCUACAGUGAUGUAAUUUCAGUAAAGAGGGAGCAUAUUGAUGGGAAAGACAUUCUCAGAGAAUUAGCAAAGGACAAUUCUUUCCAUGAGGAUUCAAGGAGAGCCUCUUCUAUAGACAAAAGCUUACAAAAAGACGUUGGUUCAUUCCAAAGUCAUUCUCCUGAGUUAGACCUGACAUACUCAAGGGAAAUGAUAUUUCCUUCUCCUCAAAUGUCAAUGUGCCCCAAAGCCCAGAGCUUUAGAGAAAGUGUAGAAAUAGAUGAAGUUGCACACUUGCCCUCAGAAGUUAGAGGGGCUCAGAAGGAGUUUCCUAAGGAAAUGCAACUGAGUUCUCACUUGCAUCCUCCAAACAUUCAACAACAAACACUCAGUAGGAGCAAUUCUGGAUCACAAUAUGAAGUGAAUGAGAAUGGGACUGUACUCAGUGAUGACCCAAGAGAUUUUAAUCACCCCAGCCUGCUUCCCAAUUGGGAAAAUGUCUUAGAUGUUGAUCAUCCUCAACACAAUCUAACACCAAGUUCCUUUUCUGAUCAUCAAAACACAAAAAAUAUCAACAAUGAAGACAUACUCACAGAUAACAGCUAUGAAUCAGAUGAAGGGUCAUUGUUUACUUUAAGCUCCACUGAUUCAGAGUAUGACUGGAAAAAUAUUCAAGAACAGCCACAUAGUGAGAGAGAUCAGGUAGCCACAUGGCCAUCAAUGGAGGAGAACUGUAUAAUUAAGGGUUCAUCCAAUAGAAUGGACAAUAUCCAAUCAGAAAGUCCUGAGGACAAUGCUAGUAUUCAAAAGACUUUAGAGAAAUGUGAGACUGAAAAAAAAGAACAUUCUGAAAACAUUAUUUCUAGACCAGAUAUUAAUUUGUCUGAGACAGAUUUACCAACUUAUCAGAUGAGUAGUAGCAGUAAAACUAGAACACAAGAAUACUCACCCAGCUCGUUGGCCAGCAGUCCUGUAAGUGUUGAAAUUCCUGGCACGUUCAUCUAUGAUCAUGUUUUGACUCGUGGUCCUGAGCCAUCAGAAUGGCAUCAUUCAUGGGAAAAACAAGAACGAGUCCCCAUUGCGAAUUUUUCACCCCAACAAACCCCAUUCGGGUAUCCUGGAAUCCCAUCAGAUAGUGAGAACAGUGAUUUCAAAGAAAUGGAUACACAGAUUCAUGAAUACGAUACCCACAUGCAGAUAGCAGACACUAUUAGAAAGGAAACUCUUCCUGAGAUCAACCCAGAGGAAAAAAUGAAAAGUUCACAACAGAGUUUUGAAGGUAAUGACAUAGAAUUAAAUGUAAUUGACUCUAUUGACCGGAAAAAAGACCUUCUAUUUCCCUCGAUGGACUCUGGUUCCACAUGGAUUACAAUCCAAGCACAGUCCCCACAAUCUGUUGCCUCCAGUGAUGAACAUUCUUUUCAGUCAGAAAGACAGGAGGAACAUUUUGAAGCCUACACCAAGAAACAGGUACCACUGCAGCAGCAAAAGCUUACUAAUAAAGAUAAGACCAGUUUACUAAGAAUACAAAAGGACUUUAGUGAUAAUCAUUGGGGCCAAUAUUCAGAAGAAGAUAUGUUGGAAUUAGAUAAAAACUAUCCUAACUUUUGUACAAAUGAACCACAGCUCCAGCGUCUCAUAGAUCCCUCAGUUGGUAGUGAUGGAAAUAGUGACCCACAAAAUGAUAAUAAAAGAGAAGAAGGAAAUUAGCAUUUUUAAAAGUAUAUUGUCAAGGGGCAGCUAGGUGGC